AUGGAAAUGAUCGCUGCUAGGAUUCUGUGUGCUGGUCUUUACGCAUCAGAUGAUCAACCGCUUAAUUUUCAAGAGCAAGUAUUUACAGAAAUUUCCUCAGGAAUUAUCUGUAUUUUAUUCAUAACUCCGGAAAAAUUUGAACGUAAUGCUCAAUUCAGAACAUUACUUAAAAAUAUGGCCACCUUCCAAGGAAUUCAUUUCAUAAUCGAUGAAGUACAUUGUGUAAAGAAUUAUGCCUAUUUUCGUGAGUCGUGGUGUUAUCUAUCUCAGUUAAAGACCAUUUGUCCCACAGCUCUGAUUCUUAUGAUGACCGCAACCUUAACUUAUAAUAAUGCUCGAGAUAUUAUGACGAAUUUGGGUCUUGAUUUUUCAUGCGUGAAAAUAAUACAUGGAGCCACAUUAAAACGCGACGAAUUAAUAUAUGAAAUUAUAAAAAAAAAGGAAUACAGAGAAGAAAACCUCAAAGAAACCAUCACACAAAUAAAAUCAAUUCCUGAAUGUUCUAUAAUCUAUUGCGCGACUCAAAAAGAUUGUUACGAAGUUGCAGAUUUUUUGAGAAUAAAUUUAAGAGAUGAAAACAUAAAGGUUAUGGUUGCCACCAAUGCCUUCGGAUUAGGCAUCAAUAUGCCAGAUGUUUGUUUAGUAAUUCAUUAUACAAUGCCUCUAAAUUUAAGUAAUUACAUUCAAGAAACUGGUAGAGCAGGUCGUGAUGGUUUGUCAGCAAAAUGUAUCUUGCUUUAUGCAAGAAAAGAUGUACGAGUACUUUAUAAUAUCGUUGCAGGUGAACGAGAAAGUCUAACUGAUAUCACAACAAAGGGCGAAGAAAUGAGGCAGGUAUAUCUAAUGGAAUGUCAAAAAAAAAUCUGGGAGAUAAUUUUCUUUUGCGAAACAAAAUAUGAGUGCAGACAAAAUGCUCUUACCCAGUAUCACAAUUGGAAAACACCGCUAUUAGAAAUCCAAUCGUCCACUAUCGAAUCAUCAUGUGGAAAAUGUGAUGUAUGUCAAUUGCGAGCAAAGGAAAAACUAAUUGUAAAAGACAUGAAAAUGCCAGCCUUGAAAUUAUUGAAUGUGGUAGAAGUUAUCACGGGGCUUGGAUCGAAUAUAAUAAUUGCAAAAGAUGUUGUUGAUAUUUUCUGCAAAUCAAAAAGUGCUCUACCCAAGUAUAAAGAGUUAGAAAUCUACCGGAAAGAGCAAGAUGCAGAAGUAAAACUUACUAAUGACGAGGCUAAAAGACUUUUCAAUGAUCUUGUAAUUCGUGGAAUGAUUUUGACAGACAUUAUUCUGCAGCGAGGCAAAACUGCAGGCGUUUUCUCUUGGACUUUUCCAGUGUUGGGAGUUUCUGAUGGCACAUGA